AUGCCUGGCUCAUUGUUGAAGCAGCUAGCAAUAGCUAAUAAGAGUAUCGGUGGAGUCGUUGUACUUGCAGAGAGGGACAAGGAGGAAAUGGAGCUGGACAUUGCUAAGCUGGAAUUUGACUUGAUGGGCAUGUCUGCAUUACGUAGAAGUGGAAGUCCUCUUAUUUUGGCUGAUCUAAAGAAGGUUUCAGUUUCAAAGGCACGUGCUAUUAUUGUAUUGGCAUCUGAUGAAAACAUCAGCGAUGCACAUGCUCUAAGGGUCGUGCUAAGUCUUGUGGGAGUAAAAGAAGGUUUGCGGGGUCAUUUUGUUGUAGAGAUGAGUGAUCUUGACAACGAACCCCUGGUCAAGCUUGUUGGAGGAGACCUUAUUGUGACAGUUGUUGCACAUGACGUAAUAGGGUGCUUGAUGAUACAAUGUGCUCUUCAACCCUGUCUUGCACAGAUAUGGAAAGACAUUUUGGGUUUUGAGAAUGCAGAGUUCUACAAUAAGCGGUGGCCCCAAUUGGAUGGUUUGAGGUUUGAGGAUGUCCUUAUUUCAUUUAUUGAUGCAAUUCCUUGUGGAGUUAAGGCUGCUGCAGAUGGUGGGAAGAUAAUUCUAGAUCCGGAUGAUAGCUACAUAUUGAAGGAAGGGGAUGAAGUUUUUGUUAUUGCUGAGGAUGAUGAGACCUACUUUCCUGGUCCCCUUCCAGAGGUAUGCAGGGGACUCUUCCCAAAAAUAGCUGACCCUCCAAAAUAUCCCGAGAGAAUACUAUUUUGUGGGUGGUGUUGUGACAUUGAUGAUAUGAUUAAUGUUUUAGAGGCCUUCUUGGCUCCAGGAUCAGAAUUAUGGUUAUUCAGUGAGGUCCCAUAAAAGGAUAGACAGAAAAAGCUGAUAGAUGGUGGACUUGAUAUUUCUUAAUUGCAAAACAUAAGACUUGUUCACCAUGAGGGCAAUGCUGUCAUCAGGCGCUACCUUGAGAGCCUCCCUCUUGAGACUUUUGACUCUUUUAAGUUAUAUCUUCUCUAUAAGUGUGUAUCAUGCAUGCCUGCUAGUUUAAUUCCAAGAAGGACGAAAAAGAGAGGAGGAAUCCAUACAUAUGGCAGUUUAUGUUGACCUUGAUGGGAUUGGCAUACGAGAUUUCUUGCAUUAUUCGUAUCUGCUUGGCAUUGUCAAUUUGAAGUUUGAGGGCCCAUUUUUACAAUGGAUUAGUCCUGAUUUGAUUAUGCUUUAUGCAAUGCUGGGUUUUGAAGAAAUUAGUGAAUUUUGGACAGAAAGCUGCUUGCGAUUGAGAGAUGUUCUUGUUUUUGUCUGCGAUCUGACCACUGCUUUCCUCUUCUCCUAUUUCAUUUCAAUUUUUGUAAAUCAAAGCUUUCCUGUUUAUUGCUUGAUAAAUUAUUUGUAUUGGGUUGAUAUAAAAAAUAUAUCCUCCUCCAUUUCAAAAAGAAGAAAGUGUUUCCUGCAUUGUGCAUGUCCUAUUCAUUGGUUAUUAUCAUACUGGGUAAUAUCUGAUUAAAGAGCGUGCUUCUUGGUAAGAUCUAUCCACCAUGCCAAGCCUAGUCUCAUUGAUUUUGUUUUCUUGUUUUGUUGUUUGAUUUACAGAUCAAAAAGUUCUCUAGCACUUGCUGCUGUUGAAGUACUAUGCUAAUAUGCAAUUAAGUAAACAGCUAAUCUGGAAUUCAGAAUAUAUCCUCAAGCUUUUUAAUUCUGGAUAAACCAUGGCAACAUUGCAUCUUGUGUGCUUUCAGUUGUGUGACCAAU